AUGGCGAUCAAAAAAUCAUAUAACCCAAAAUCAUUUACGAAACUACUAAAUUCAAAACUAAAUACAAAUACAACCAAGGGAGGUAUAAAUAUAGAUGAUUUAAAGUUUAAUAUUAAAAAUGAUGAUAGUGAUAUGUUAAUAUAUUUAAUUUAUUUAUCAUAUAUUAAUGAUUUAAUUAAUGAUUCUAAAAGAAUUGGAUUAUCUAGUUCAGGUUCAUCGAGUAAUAAUAAAGAUAGUGGCAGUGGAAUUAGUGGUACAACUGAAACUAUCACUGAAAGAGAUAACAGUAAAGAUCUAGAUUAUCAAGAUGAUAAGGAUGAAGAAUCUUUUGAUGAUGAAUCUGAUGAUAUUAAUGAAACAACUUUGGAUUUAGCUGAUGAAUCACUUCAUGAGAAAUAUAGAGGAUUAUAA